UGUGGCCGGACGCCGUGGCGCGGCAGUUUAAUUCUCCGGCGGCGGCAGAUUUGGGGAACGAGAUGCCCCUGGCCGGGCUCAUCAAGAAGCUAGGUCAUCAGCUGGCGGAGAUCAGGGAACGCGCUCUCAAGAGUAUUCUCAGCAAGGUUGAGCACAACUUAAUUUGCUACGCUGAUCUAAUUCAGGAGAGGCUACUUUUUCUGCAUUUGCUAGAAUGGUUCAAUUUCCCAUCUGUUCCAAUGAAAGAAGAAGUUUUGAACCUGUUAAGCAGUUUGGUUAAGUAUCCCCCAGCAGUCCAGCAUUUGGUUGACCUUGGUGCAGUAGAGUUCUUAUCUAAGCUUCGUUCUAAUGUGGAGCCAAGUUUACAGGCUGAAAUCGAUGGCAUUCUGGAUGGACUUUUUAUUCUUCCUUCAGAAGUUCCUGCACUAUAUUCUGCCUCUUACCAAACCAAUCUAACUGAAUUGUCCAAACAACCUGAAAUCUUAACAGGAUAUUUUCCUCAAGACAAAAGUGAUGUUCAACAGAUGGACGUGCCUCCACGACCAGUGGUAAAUCAGAUUGUGAGGUGUUUGAAAUUUUCUACGUUUCCUUGGCUGCCCCUCACCACAACAGAUAGACAUGUUCUCUCCUCCAAUGAAAGUUCUUUAAGAAGUAGUAACCACACUUUGAUCUGGAACACCUGUGAACUAUUGAAGGAUGUUAUCAUGCAAGAUUUUCCUGCUGAGAUUUUCCUUCAAAGGCCAAAAAUUGUUCAAAGCCUUUUAUCUUUGUUGAAACUGGCCUUUGGAGGAGAUGGAAAACAUCGCCUGGCUUUGCAGUCCGUGUCCUGUUUGCAGCAGCUGUGCACAUACUUGAGAAACAGACUUAACUUUCACCGAGAUCCAGGUUUCUUCUCUAACAAACAGGAUGCUGUUUCCCCAAAUUCUUCUUUGUCUUACUGUCAUGAAGCAAGAGUUACUCAUCCUUCCCAGAAUCCUUCUCCAGGGAGCAGUAGCCCUCGACCUUCUGUGGUUGGGCGCACAGGCCAGCGACUCAGAGGAGAUGGGCAGGAUUGGGAUGCAGUGUCCUCCAGUGGAAGUAGUAGUCAUGCUCCUGUAAACUCGAGGGUAUCUGUUCAUUCGCCUUUCGAUAUGGGACACGUAGACCUGCCAGAGCUGGGAUCUGAAGACACGGUGGAGCUGCAGUUCCAGCAACUCAGUCUUCCCCAGUUCUGUGUCUCCAUUCUGGAAUCAGCAGUUCCUCUCUUAAGAACAGGUAGCAGACAAAUGAUAAUAAGAGUUCUGGAAUUGCUUGCAGAAAACUUGAUGCUUAUUGGAGAAGCAAUUUCAACAGAUAUCUGGGAUGACAACAGCCUUUUUGCUAUUGAUAUGAAAGAAAAACUCCUCCUGGUGUUGGGGUCCCUUGGAGAAACCAUGUGCUACCAUAAAAGCAGGGUCAGCUUGGAACAGCCAGAAGUGAUGAUCGUGCACCACAGAAUGGUCUUUGUCAGCAUUUCCCUGUUUGCGGUACGACUGCUACAGACGCUUCUACCUGUUGAAAAGGCUAGUGAGUUUCUGCCGGAGCCUGUGUCAGCAGCAUUAUUUUUUAUUUCUUUGGACAUGCCUAUUUCUCUGGAAUAUCCAAAUAUUCAUGAAGCUGUUGUGGCCUAUUUGGAACAGCUGAAUUCUGAAAACUAUAGUAUUUAUAAACGAACUGCUGAGGCUGUUUAUUCAAUUGAAAGUACCUGCAACUUCAUGUCUGACGCUGGGAAGGAGGGCGAGAAGAAUCUCUUAGAAUUAAUGGAGUUGGCAGACCAAGCCUUGCGUAGCUUUUCCUAUCAUCAGCACUUUCCCCUAAUAAAGGAAAUCAUCUGCAUUUGUUCAAAGAUUUGGAAAUCUGCACAAGCCAGUCCAUUACUACAAGGAGAAAGUCAGAAGGUGUUUCUGCAUAUGCUGUCUCACCCAUCGCUACAGGUGAAAGUCGAAACUUAUUCCUGCUGUCUGGAAAUUCUUAAGGAAUGUUUAGGUGUACAUCAUGUUGCUAAGCCUGUAUCUUCACUUUGUAAUGGAAUUCAUUUCCUACUUCACCCAAAAGUUCUGUAUGAAAUUUCUGCUUUUGGCUUCCAAGAACCCAAAUGUGAGGUGAAUGUUGCUGCCAAGGCCAUUCUGUUGUAUCUGCUUCAGGGACGAUUGAUGAUGACAGCACUGACCUGGAACAAGUUUAUUGAGUCUCUCUGUCCUGUCAUUCCAGUACUCCAGGGCUAUGCCGACACAGAUGAUCCUUUGGGUAACUGCAUUCUCCUUUUAAGCAAAGGGAGUUCUGAGGCAGGAGAGGAGAUUCUCCCCUAUACGACUCGAUUAAAGUCUAUCCUGCGACUUUUGCUAGUGAAAAAGCCAUCGGUCCGUUCACUGGCAUUAAAGCUUUUAGCAUUUCAUCUUACAAGUGAAGAAGGGGCUGAUACAAAGCGCCCUUUAAUAGAUGCCAGAGUUCUCUCCAGAGUUACUAAUUUAUUUCUUGUGAAAAAACCUAUUGAACUCAAAUUGGAUGACAGAAAAGAACUGAUUAUUAAGUUGGAGACUGUUGAAAAGGUAUAUGAAAUCUUUACCUCAGAUGAUGUUGAUCUUGCUUUGAGGAAGUCAGCUGCAGAACAGUUAGCUGUGAUCAUGCAAGAUAUUAAAAUGCAUGCUGUGGUGAAAAAGUUAUGCUUAAUUGACAAGAUAAUUGAGUAUUUAAAUGAAUGCGUGGGUCAGGAUGGAAAGGUGAUAGAAUGUUUGAUACAGCCUUGCCUCACACUCCUGAGGAAAGUUCUGUGUGCUGAUCCCAUCAUCCGUGUCUCCCUCUCACAGCAGCCUUCUGUCUUGACCCUGUUAUUCAGAAUUUCAUUGAUAUUUCAUGAAGAUUGCAAUGUUGUGACUGAAGUUGGAGCAUUAUUUUGUCUUCUAUUAUUUGAUGAAGUAUCAAGAAUGGAUACGUGGUCUAUUAAUCCUUCCAAUAAACCUUUGCCAUCAGUCUUCAGUUUGCCUCUUUCAGUUUUUAGAAGGUAUCAUCUACCAGUACAUGUAACCCGACAUCAUGCUGUGAGUCCUUACUCCAUUGUUUUGCCCUUAUCUGCUGACUGUUUGGCCUUGAAGCCUGUGUCAGAUAUGCUGAGAAUAGCUUGGAACCUGUCAUGGUAUCACGGGAGUGAGAAUCUGUUGAAACAAAUGAACUCUGAAACUAAAACACAAAAAUUCUUAGAUACACUGAAGCUAUCCACAGAGGACAUCCUUACUCUGAAGAUAACACAUGUGGCUAGUGGGCUGCAGGACUGCCACCGUUCCAUUGUUCAGGCUGCAACCCACAGGGAAGUUAGGGCUGCUGUCGCUAGGAUGAGUUUUUAUCUUCUGAAUGACAGAUUGUCUUUGAAGAGUGGCACUGGCCCAUGUGCGGUUACCUUGACGUCCUUGGCUUGGCACACCGCACUGAACAGGUUUUUACAAGUGCUUCCUGCUUGCACUGAAGAUGAGAAACUGCUGAUAGAUGUCGUACACUUUUUAAAUAAGUUAAUGAAGGAACAAAGAAAAAAUUCAUCCGUAGAAUUUCUAGACUGGAUUCUAGAAAUACUUCUUAGACAUAGUCCAAACCCACUGUUAGACUUACUAGUUCUGACAGAGCCACAGACAAGGGAAGAAACAGAUGAGAUCCGGACUGCCGUCAGGCAACAGCUGCAGAAAGAACUGAUCGCUCUGUUCAAUACCCUGCUGCUCAGUUUCAUGGAUGUUACUGACAGGAAAUCCUUGGAACUUCUUUACGUUUUCCAAACGCAGCUAGCUCUGAAACUGCUCCAGUGCCUGAGGGUCUCAGACGCUCCCCGUUUCUACGGCCUGCCUUCCCUGGAGCGGACCUUACGGGGGAUGGCUCACCUCACUGCAUUUCCGGGAUGGAGCUCACAUUCCGUUCUCACAAAGCCACUUGAAAUUUGUAUUAAGUACUUGUCAGGUCUCCUUGAGGUCAUUACUUCUUUUUAUGUGGAGCGUGGAGGAAAUGCUAUGUCCUUCAUGGGAAAAGGUGUCACAAAGAGCACGAUUCUUUGCUUGCUUCACUUAUCCCAUGAGAUGAUGGCCCAGGCUCAGAACUCGGAGUGGAUGUCCCUUUGGUUCCUGCCUUUGGGUAAUCCUAGUGAAGAGCAUGGUCCUAUUCAACAAGGGUUGGCUUGGAUGAUUCCAUUAUGGGUUGAUCGGGACCCAGAGGUGAGAUUCACUUCACUGGGGUUAGGGUCGGCGCUGACCUCCCUUGAAACUGGGUGUGUGGCCUUGGCGAACAGUUGUCAGAACAUUUCUGGCGGGCUCUGGGGAACUGUGGUAAACAUUCUUCUGGACCAGUCAGAAUGUAGCAUGGUGCGCCGGGAGGCUGCAUUUAUUCUUCAGAAUCUCCUUGUAAUUCCAAUGCCUGCAGAAAUUAUAAAGGAUUAUACUUGGCAGGGUCCCUGUGUCCAUGAUGAGGACUCAGGCGUAUCGCUUGUAGGAAAACCUGCCCUUCAGGCCCUUUUAUAUCACUGCCAUUUUUAUGAACAUUUGAAUCAUAUGGUAAAACAUUGUUACCUAGGACGGUAUAUGUUUGACUUUUCGGCCUUCAGUGCAACUUCAAAAGGCAGUAAUUUAAAUAGUUUAGAUGACUCAUUCAAGUUUUGGCAGGUUCCUUCUAGGAUAGCCAGUCAAGAUCGAGAUCCAAGUUCUCUCUCCACCUCAGAAACAAUGGUGACACCUUCGUUGGAGAGCACUGACUUUCAGACGCUUGUGCCGUCCACCGUGCUUUUACCUGAAGCUCCCCAUGACCAGUUUGUGGCUCAAGCUCAGCAUGAAACUCCACCACCACGACCUCCUCGUGACUCGUCGCUUUCUGCUCCCCUGCCCAAGCAGUGUGCUUGUGUCACUCCACCUCUUCUCUCCGCAGUGUGCAGCCUCUUAGACAACCUCUUGGCGAUUUCUCCACGAGACACUGCAAAUGCUUUACGACAAGCCCAUCUUAUGAAGCUUCUCUGUAGCAUCACAGAUGCUUCCCUCAUCCAGAUAUGUGUCCAGGAACUCAAGACCCCACUGCCUUCAUCACCUCCCGCUGAACACACUCAGGCUCAGGUUUCCUUCCUCCUGGAGUACCUGUCCUCUUUGUCCAGGCUUCUGCAGUCGUGCUUAUUGGUAGAUCUUGACCUGGUGAUUCAGGCUGAGCUUCUGAAACCUCUUAUCACUAAUGUCAUUGGUGUGCUCAUCAUAUGCACCAAAGAUUUAUUAGAUACAAAGUUAACGUCAGCUUUUUAUCACACAUGGACACAUUUAUUUAACUUCCUGGCUGCACUCCUGAGGAAAGCUGGUGCUGUCUCCCUUCCAUUCAUUACCAUGACUCUGGCCAAGCACUGGGUGGUUGCGAUUGAUAUGAUCUGUAAAUGCGUGGGUUUGUCCGUCAUGUGCCCUGCCCUCUGCACUGCCAGCCUGCAGUUCCUUUCUGUGCUCCUGACUGAAGAAGCAAAAAGUCAUCUCCAGGAUAAGGACAAGACAAGUCUAUGUCACAGCCCAACAAUGGCUUCACUUCUUGAUAAAACUCAGGAAAAUCAGAAAUCUCUGGAACAACUUAGUGAAGUAAUUCUUGAGUGCUAUGAGGGAAAAUCCUCCAAAGAUGUCCUGAAAAAAGUUGCUGCCAAUGCUUUGAUGUCACUUCUGGCGGUCAGCAGAAGAGCACAGAAGCUCACUUUGAAAGCCCAUCUCGUGGACAGCUGCAUGGAGCGGAUGAAGCACAUCCACGCACAGCUGAACCUGGACUCCCUGAGGCCUGGCAGGGCGGCCCUGAGAAAGAAGGAGGAAGGUUUUACUAAAGAGUUAAACACUGCCAUGCAGCUCUUAAGAAACUGUCUUUAUCAAAAUGGAGAAUGCAAAGAAGCGGCUCAUGAUGCUCACCUCGUUCCUGUCUUGCACGCUCUCUGGCCGUGGCUUUUGAUGGAUGAUUCAUUGAUGCAAACUGCCCUGCAGCUACUUUGUGUCUAUACUGCAAAUUUCCCAAGCGGUUGCAGUUCUCUUUGUUGGUCAAGUUACGGACAAUAUUCUGCUCAAGCCACACACAGAGGAGCCCCCAGCAGCUCUCUGAUGCUGUGUAUCCUAAAGUUGGCUUCCCAGAUGCCACUUGAAAACACCACAGUCCAGCAGAUGGUUUUUAUGUUUCUUUCAAACCUGGCCUUGUCUCAUGACUGCAAAGGAGUAAUUCAGAAGAGUAACUUCUUACAGAACUUCCUAUCUCUCACAUUGCCAAAAGGAGGAAAUAAACAUCUGAGUAAUCUGACUAUUCUUUGGUUGAAGUUACUCCUGAAUAUUUCCUUUGGAGAAGAUGGGCAGCAGAUGAUCCUGAGGCUGGACGGCUGCUUAGACUUGCUGACAGAGAUGAGCAAGUACAAGCACAGGCGCAGCCCGCACAUCCCCCUCCUCAUCUUUCAUAACAUCUGCUUCAGCCCCGCUAACAAGCCCAAGAUCCUGGCUAAUGAGAAAGUCAUUGCUGUACUAGCAGCCUGCCUGGAAAGCGAGAAUCAAAAUGCUCAGAGGAUUGGAGCAGCUGCGCUUUGGGCUCUGAUUUACAAUUAUCAGAAGGCAAAACCAACUUUGAAAAAUCCUUCCAUCAAACGAAGAGUAGAAGAAGCAUAUUCCUUAGCAAAGAAAACUUUCCAAAACUCAGAAGAAAACCCUCUAAAUGCCUACUAUAUGAAAUGUCUUGAAAACCUCGUGCAGCUCCUUAACUCUUCCUAAGUGCCAGAUGCUACACCCUGAAGCUGACAGCCACCAACAGGGGAGCUAAACUUGGAGCCAGCUUUGGGACUAGCUGUUCCCUGCAGACAUGCUAACUCUCUGCAAGGUUUGACCCCUUCUUCCCCAUGAAACAUGGAGCUGAUGACAGUGAAGAAGUGGAUAGCCUGGUGCUGUCCAUACACAGCAGCUCUUCAGAAGUCAUAGCAACUGAAAAGAGGUGAUGGAUAAAGGCACAGAAAGUUCUGAGAUCAUAAAUACCCUUUUUAUAUGCAGUUUGCUUUGUGAAAAUCUUAUUUUAUACUUAUUUAAUAAAACAAUAUUUUUAGAAACAAAAAUUAACUAAUGCUGCUUCCGGACUUCAAUGUAUCUCAUGAAUAUUAAUUUUAGGAAUUGAAAGAAGGUAUUUUUUUUGGGGGGGGGGAUGGUGUUUGUUUUUUUUUUUUUUUGUAGAGACAGAGUCUCACUGUGCCGCCCUCGGGUAGAGUGCCGUGGUGUCACAUGGCUCACAGCAACCUCUAACUCUUGGGCUUACGCGAUUCUUUUGCCUCAGCCUCCCAAGCAGCUGGGGUGUUUGUUUGUUUUAAAUUUUUGAUGUAAAAUUUUGGCUCCUGUUGCUACAAAUCCUUAUUUUCAAACCUUUAUGUGGGGAUAUAUGUGUGUAAGUAUGUGAUUUUAUGAGGAUUUUUCUUAUGCAAGUCUUAGUGGUAACUCCUUCCUACAUGGCUUAUAAAUUGAUGACAUUUUUAAUUUUGCCUUUUAGCUUUUAUAAAGCUAUAUAAUAAAGAAGGAAGAAAUAGAGUUGUGGUCCUAUAGGCCUGGGUUUAAAUUCUAGCUCAGCCCAAAACAACAUGAAGAAUAAAACUGGGGAAAGUGCAGGAGGAGCAAGCUCUGUAGAGCGAUGCUGUGUUAUUUAAUUCUCAACUACCCUUAGUUUUGAACUCAAUACUUUAAAAAAAUCAGUUUGUACUAAUUACUUUCACUUUUGAAGGUGAGAAAAUUCUCUAAGAAAAAUAAAAACUGAGAUGUAUAUCUCCGUGUGUGCGUAUACAGACAUAUGUAAUGUAUAUUGUACGCAUGCAUAUGUACAGAUACACUCAUUUAGAAAAGUG